AUGUCCGACCCAGCAGCAGCACCGGCUGCCCCCUCGCCAUCGUCAAGACCCAGAGCCAGUUCUGCAGCUGCACCUAGCGCAUCUGCAUCAGACCCAGCGGCGCCCAAGACAUCCAAACAGCCGCAGCAACCCAAACUCACGAAAGAAGGCGGAAACGACAAGAAGUCAGCUAAAGAACUCAAGGCAGCAAGAAGAGCUGCCAAGGUAGCAGAGCGAGCUCCUGGCGAUGAUGGUCGCCCUCCUGCUGCUCAGAAAGGUGGUGCAGCCGACCGUGCUCAGCAACAAAGUCGUGAUGGACCUCCCAACAGCAAGCGACCUGGCUCUUCCUCUGCCAAUCCCGCCAACGCAAGGUUAGGAGGUGCAGCAGUCGCAUCAGGUAGUCACGUUCCAGGAGCAAGUGCUUCAAUGGCAGCAUCCGCUUCCAUCUCAGGCGCAAGGAAAGCCGGCGCCGGUGCACAAGAAGUCCUCCCUCAGCAUCCCAGCGUAGCUCUCUUCGGCAACGUAUCCUCUGGCAAACCGCACAAUGCACACAUCGCAGCUCAAGUGAGCGCCUCUUUCCGAUCCAACAUUCACCCUUCCAUUCUCCGUCUUUCCUCCCAACUCGCCCAAUUCCAACUCAUGGGUGCAGACACCCGCGCCAUCGCCCUCCUACGAGCAAUGGCUGACGUCAUCCGAGACUACACAACACCUCGAGGCGAAAUGCUCAAUCGGGACCUCCUCAAAACCGUCUCUGCUCAAGUAGGCCAUCUCGUCGACGCUCGAGCUAUGGGUACAUCCCAAGGUGUAGCUGUUCGUUACCUCAAGUACGAAAUUUCUGUUGUCAGUGCAGACCUCACUGAAGACGAAGCGAAAGAACACCUGCUCGAACGAAUUGAUCACUUUGUUCGCGAUCGCAUCGUCUACGCUUCCAAGAUCAUCCGUACUCAAGCGGGUAGCAAGAUCAAAGACGGUGAUGUUGUCAUGACUUUUGCUCGCUCUAGCGUUGUCGAGGCUACAUUGCUCGCUGCGUGGGAAAGAGGUGUGAGCUUUCAAGUGAUCCUAGUCGACACAAGACCGCUGUUGGAAGGGAAAGCGCUACUGUCAGUGCUGUUGGCUGCUGGUAUUCCUUGCACCUAUGCUUUGAUCUCGAGCUUAUCGAGCUUGAUGCCACGUGCGGAUAUCUUGCUAUUGGGUACAUCUGCUCUUCUCGCCAAUGGAGCGCUGUACUCCCGUGCUGGGACGGCUACUUGUGCAAUGAUGGCAAAGGAAAAGGGGAUUCCCGUGAUUGUAUGCUGCGAGACGUACAAGUUUUCAGAGCGAGUGCAGUUGGAUAGUUUUGUACAGAACGAAGCGGGCAACCCGCGUGAUCUUUUGCUUCCGGCGAAGGACGAAACCGAUACAGAUGGGGAAGAGGACGAGAGGAGAAAGGGACUGAUUGAUGUAGGGGAAUGGGAAGGCGAGCAGAAUCUGGCAGUGGUCAAUUUGUUGUACGAUGUUACACCACCAAGGUUCAUCUCGGCAGUGGCCAGCGAGGUUGGUUUGUCGGGUCCAGAGAGUGUUGGUGUUAUCUUGCGCGAUUAUAAGAGCGUGCUUUAUGGGGUGUAA